CCUUCGCCAGCGACGGGCGGAGGAUGUCGCUUCCGCAUAAAGAUGGCGGCUAGGAGGAGUCUCCUGCAGAGUGAACAGCAACCAAGUUGGACAGAUGACUUGCCCGUCUGCCAGUUGUCAGGUGUGGGUUCGUCCCCUAACCGUUCGUACACUGCGGAUGGAAAAGGAACAGAAACCCACCCCUUGGAGGAUAAUUGGCUGAAAUUCAGGAGUGAAAACAACUGCUACCUCUAUGGAGUCUUCAACGGCUAUGAUGGCAACCGGAUCACCAAUUUUGUGGGAGAGAGGCUCUCUGCGGAGCUCCUGCUGGGCCAGCUGAAUGCUGAUCACGAUGAUGCAGAUGUGCGCAAAGUCCUGCUGCAGGCUUUUGAUGUGGUGGAGCGGAGUUUCCUGGAGACCAUUGAUGAUGCCUUGGCAGAAAAGGCCAGCCUUCAAUCCCAGCUACCAGAGGGUGUGCCUCAUCACCAGCUGCCGCCUCAAUACCAGAAAAUCAUGGAACGGUUGAAGGCUGUAGAAAAGGAAAUCUCUGGAGGAGCCAUGGCUGUUGUGGCUGUCAUCCUGAACAACAAGCUUUACAUCGCCAAUGUAGGAACAAACCGUGCACUCUUAUGCAAAUCUGCGGUGGAUGGGCUGCAAGUGACACAACUCAAUAUGGACCACACCACAGAAAAUGAAGAUGAACUGUUCCGAUUUUCCCAGCUGGGUUUGGACGCAGCGAAAAUCAAGCAAGUAGGAACCCUAUGUGGGCAGGAGAGCACUCGCCGCAUUGGGGAUUAUAAGGUCAAAUAUGGCUACAGUGACAUUGAACUUCUCAGUGCUGCAAAAUCCAAACCGAUCAUAGCAGAGCCUGAAAUUCAUGGAGGGUACCCGCUAGAUGGAGUUACGGGUUUUCUUGUUCUGAUGUCAGAAGGGCUCUACAAAGCUUUGGAAGCAGCUCAUGGGCCUGGGCAAGCCAAUCAGGAAAUUGCAGCCAUGAUCGCCACCGAGUUUGCCAAGCAAACGUCACUGGAUUCUGUAGCACAGGCUGUUGUCGAUCGGGUGAAGCGCAUUCACUGCGAUACAUAUGCCAGUGGCGGCGAACGAUCCAAGUUCUGCUCUCGGCAUGAGGACAUGACGCUGCUAGUGAGGAAUUUUGCUUAUCCACUGGGUGAGAUGAGCCAGCCCAUGCUGACCCCAACACAAGGAGGCCGUGUUUACCCAGUGUCCGUGCCGUACUCCAGCAGCCAGAGCACGAGCAAAACCAGUGUGACAUUGUCCCUUGUCAUGCCUUCCCAAGGUCAGAUGGUCAACGGUGCCCACAGUAGCUCCACAUUGGAUGAAGCCACGCCAACUCUGACAAAUCAAAGCCCCACCGUGACCCUCCAGUCUACCAACACUCAUACCCAGAGUAGCAGCUCAAGCUCAGAUGGGGGCCUCUUCCGUUCCCGCCCCUCUCACUCUCUCCAGCCAGAUGAAGAUGGGCGUGUUGAGCCCUACGUGGACUUUGCAGAGUUCUACCGCCUCUGGAACAUGGACCACAGCGAAACAGGGGCCCUGACUGUGUCGUAAUCCAAGAUCAGCUCCUGUGAACUUCUGUAAGGU